UAUCUGUAUUUAAAAAAAAUGUCAAAUCUAUUGUAUGGUUUAUCAAAUAACGCUACGAAAGGUCUGGUAAUUAGGUUUAAUAAUACCAGAGCUCGACUAUUAUAUUGUUCAUCAAUUGUUUCAUCAAAACAACAGCAGCAGUGUGUCCGAGGUAUACAUAAUGGCAAACGUGGACUGAGAGCACUUCAAGACCAUCUGCACCGGGAGAUUGACUCAAAGCCUUUUGACGAAAGCGCCCACAGAAAUGUCUUGCGAAGAGCUUUUGAGACACGCGAUGACCUGAAAAAUGCUCAAAGAAUUGUCGUUAAGUUGGGAUCGGCUGUUAUUACCAGAGAGGAUGAAUGCGGAUUAGCAUUGGGACGAUUAGCCUCAAUCGUCGAACAGGUGUCUCAGUUGCACAACGAAGGUAAAGACGUCUUAAUGGUGACCAGCGGUGCCGUGGCUUUUGGUAAACAACGAUUGGGUGCAGAGAUGCGGAUGUCUAUGUCGAUGAGGGAGACUCUGUCACCCAAAGAGCUGUUCAAAUUGGCUAAUCCCGAGCCCAGAGCUGCCGCUGCCGUUGGACAGAGCGGUCUUAUGGCUCUUUACGAUGCUAUGUUCACACAAUACGGUGUCCAUAUCGCACAAGUAUUGGUAACAAAACCCGAUUUCUACAAUCCCAUCAGUCGACACAAUCUCAGGUCAACUGUCCUCGAGCUGCUAAAUCUCAACAUCAUUCCCAUCAUAAAUACCAACGACGCAGUGGUGUCGCCAGCGAUGGCCGACAGCGACUUAGCCGGGGUGGGUCAAUCAUAUCAGCAAUGGUUGAAUCAAUCUAAUCCGUCGGCAAUUGAUCCAUAUUAUGGGGUGAUUAGCAUUCAGGACAACGACAGCUUAGCCGCACAUUUGGCGGUCGAAGCCAAUGCCGACUCAUUGAUACUGAUGUCUGACGUAAAUGGUAUUUAUACAUUACCUCCCGAUCAGGAGGGGGCGCGACUAUUGCAUACAUUUGUGUCAUCAAAUCAAGAAUCAAUUACUUUUGGUAAUAAGUCACGGGUUGGUUUGGGAGGUAUGGAAUCCAAAGUCAAAUCGGCCACUUGGGCACUGGAAAGAGGUGUUUCGGUGAUCAUAUGUAAUGGUAUGGAAGAUCAGGCGAUCACUAGAAUAAUGUCUGGCAAAAGGGUCGGCACUUUUUUCACGCAAUAUCAGGAAAAGGUGGUCUCUGUUCAGACACUGGCAGCUAAUGCACGAAAGGGCAGUCGUGUACUACAAGCACUGACACCCGCUGAGAGGUCCGAUGUGAUCGUACGGCUGGCAAAUCUGUUGCAAACAAAAAAAGAUGAGAUUAUGUUAGCCAAUGCUCAAGACCUGCGAGCGGCCGAAGCUUCGGGUCUUUCCAAACAUAUGAUCUCGCGGUUGACUCUGACACCGGAGAAACUCAAAGACUUAUCGGAAGGUUUGCUUCAAAUUGCCGACCAAUCGCACGACGCAUUGGGUCAAUGUCUGAGACACACUUUGAUUGCCGACGGCAUACACUUGAAACAAGUGACGGUACCGUUGGGCGUACUGUUAGUGAUUUUCGAGUCACGUCCUGACUGUUUGCCACAAAUUGCCGCACUGUCUAUAGCUACGGGAAACGCACUGCUGGCCAAAGGUGGCAAAGAGGCCACUCAUACCAAUACAUAUCUUUAUAAUUUAAUUAAAGAGGCACUUUCCAAUUACGAGUCGGCUGAAAAUGCUAUUGGACUGGUUAGUAACCGGGAGGACGUUAGCGAAUUGCUUCAAUUUGACAAUUAUAUUGAUCUGGUAAUACCCCGGGGCUCUAAUGAAUUGGUCCGCAGUAUUCAGGCUCAGAGCAAAUCGAUACCAGUUUUAGGACACAGUGAAGGCAUUUGUCACGUCUAUGUCGAUAUCAAUGCUGAUCGGAGUAAAGCUCUUAAAAUUGUUUUGGACUCCAAAUGCAACUAUCCAUCAGCUUGUAAUGCAAUGGAAACCCUAUUGUUGCACAAGUCGUUAUUGGACACCGAUUUUUUUGCCCAACUGUGCAAUGAACUGAAAGAAAAUGGUGUCGACAUAUACGCCGGUCCCAGACUGUCCAAAAAGUUGACAUUUGGUCCACAACCGGCCAAAUCGUUGCGCACAGAGUACGGAUCGCUUGCCUGCACUAUUGAGAUUGUCGACGACGUGAAUGAUGCCAUUGAACACAUCAAUACAUAUGGUAGCGGACACACCGAUACCAUAGUAACAGAGGACAAUAUAUCGUCACAUUAUUUCCAAAAAACUGUUGACAGCGCCUGUGUUUUCCAUAACAUCAGCACUCGGUUCGCUGAUGGGUAUCGUUUUGGAUUAGGCGCUGAAGUAGGCAUUUCCACUGGCCGUAUACAUGCUAGAGGACCGGUCGGAAUGCAGGGCCUGUUGACUACCAAAUGGGUUAUUAAUGGAUCGGGAAAUACAGUAUCGGAGUUUUCAUCCGGUGAUAACCACUAUAAACACGAGGCCUUACAGUUAGAAAACUUUGAGUGAUUUAUUGAAGUGUAAAAACUGUAUAAUGACUACUGUGUUACCAAUAACAU